GAAGAGUGCGAGAGUGCCGAGACGGUCUUGGUGCAAACGAGAGGAAAGGAUACACAAGGUCAGCCCAAGACUUACUUCGUUCUGCAGAGCAAGGCCAAGGAAAACAGAUGCUUGGCAGCCAAAAGAGGUGCCGUGGAUGGUGACCAGGUUUUCCUGGAG